UUUGUGUUUUAUGUGGAAAAAAUGCUCUUAUUUCCCAGCUUGUGCACUGAAUGUUUCAUUGCGUUCUUUAUAACUGCUGUGUUAAAAGAAGCAAAGAAUAUUUGUUUUCUGUAUGUUGGUCCUGUUUCUCCAGCUGUUUCCUCUUCUCGUUGAAAAGUCACAGCUUAUUAGUUUCUUGCAUGAAUGUAUUACUUGAUCUUUGUUGCACCAUAUUUAGGUAUAUUCUGUCUUCUUUUUUUUUUCAGGGCAGGUUGUAUCUCUGUGAGAUGUUUAAGGCAUAGGAGCUUAGUAUUCAUCAGGAGACAUUAUGGUGGUCUGUUCUGUCCUCUGUCCCAGGGUUCUGCUAACUGCCUGGGAGCUGUUAUUUCCAGAGACCAGUCAUAGGGACUGGCAUCUCUUCCUGCAUGACAAUGCCCAACUAGAGCCUGUUGGUUUAAGUGCAUGGCAGAGUUGUCUUUUUCAUUGCGCUUGUGUUUAUGAACAAGGAAUUUCAGCUGCUGGUUUUUAUUAUCCAUUUGUUCAGUUUGAGGACAACCUUCUGCAGUUUGUCAUUCAGCCUGUGUUUAUUUUUGUGAAUAACUCUGUGUAGUACAUGAGUAUAUCAUGUGUUAUGGAGAGAUGCUUGCACAGACCCCUUUGGAGCUCUAAUUUUUCUCUUUGUCACUUUCAUACACUGCUCAGCCAUCUAUAACUUGUUUGUACACUUUGCCCUUUCCAUUUAUAAUUGGUCAUUAAUAAAUUCCAUAACACCUUAAUUUAAGAGCUUUUGGAGGGAACAUUGUGAAAAGCUUUUUGAAAAUCCAGUUUUGCUGUCUUGCCCAGGUGUGUUGGGUGAUUCCUUCUUCCAGAGCACUGUGGCUGACUGGUUAGUGUUCCUUGCUUCCACAGAAGGAGAUGCCUACGUAACACACAUUGCCAGCAAUUGUACUGAAUACUUUGCUGCUGAACCAGUUGCUCAGGUACCCAGCCUGUCUCUGUUGCUAUGGGAGAUUGGAGGACUGUUACUGUGCCGCUGCUGUCGUCAGAUAGCAAAAAUAUAUUUCCAUAUACCUCAGAAAGGAAAUCUCCUGCAAGCAUGAGCUCAGAAGUGCUACGCUUGUCACUGCCUUCAGCCAAAAGCAUGCACAGCUUUUUCAGUGCCUUCUGCACAGAAGAGAAUAUUGAACAGAGUAUAUCCUAUAUUGAUAGGGAAUUAACAACGAUGGGGUUUCCCUCUAUUUAUGCGGAGUCCAAAGGAAAAGAAUUAGAUUUAGUGUCUAUGGUCAAUUGUAUGAAUGAAUUGCUUGUACUGCAGCACAAGAACCUCCGAGCUCAGGAAGAAAUAGAAAUACAGCAUCUCAAACUGGGGAGUGAUAUGGAUCACUUGCAGAACUGCUAUACUAAGUUAAAGGAACAGUUGGAAUUAUCUAAAAGGGAAAUAGUUGGGCUUCAGGAAAGAGACAGACAACUGCAAAGCAAGAACAGAAAUUUGCACCAGUUACUUAAAAAUGAAAAGGAUGAAGUUCAGAAGUUACAGAAUGUAAUUUCAAGUAGAGCUACACAAUACAAUCAUGAUAUGAAGAGGAAAGAGAGAGAAUAUAACAAAUUAAAGGAGCGCUUACAUCAGUUAGUCAUGAAUAAAAAGGAUAAAAAGUUAGCUAUGGAAGUUCUAAAUUAUGUUGGUAGAGCUGAUGGGAAGAGAGGUGCAUGGAGGACUGAUAAGACAGAAGCCAGAAACGAGGAAGAAAUGUACAAAGUUCUGUUAAGUGAUUAUGAACAACGCCAAAAACAGCUUUUACUGGAAAAUACUGAGCUAAAGAAAGUUCUUCAGCAAAUGAAGAAAGAUAUUAUUUCACUUCUUCCACCACAGAAACAAAAACCUAAAGAGAGAUCUGAAGAUGGGCCAGUGCUGUCAGACCAGGAGGAAGAUAUUGGAGAAUUAAACAAAGAGAAUAUGUGGGAAUUAUCUUGUGAAACUGUGCGAGAGCAGCUUACCAACAGCAUUAGAAAGCAGUGGCGAAUGUUGAAAAAUCACGUUGAAAAGCUGGAUAACCAAGUGUCACGUGGACAUUCAGGAGCUUUGAAUGAAAAAGAUGUCAUUUCAAGAGAAGACCAUGAGCUAGAAACUGGAAAGUUAGAGUUAGAGAUUCAGCAAUGUAAAGAAAUGAUCAGAACUCAGCAACAGCUCUUACAGCAACAGCUUACCUGUGAUGAUGACACCACUCUGUUACUACAAGACUGCUAUUUGUUGGAAGAAAGAGAGCGUCUCCAGGAAGAAUGGAGGCUGUUUCGAGAGCAAAAAAGGAAUUUUGAGAAGGAACGAAAAAGUUUUACAGAAGCUGCUAUUAGAUUAGGACUUGAGAGAAAGGCAUUUGAAGAAGAUAGAGGAGCAUGGCUGAAGCACCAGUUCUUAACUAUGACUGCUGAUUGCAAGUUUGAAAAUUCAGCAACUCCAAGUGCCUUCUUAAGAAGUGCUGACACAGACCUUCGUUUAGUGAGAUCUGCAUCUCAGCAAAAGAGACCUCCCUCUGUGUUGAGUACUACUGCUUCACCAGAGCCUUGCCAGAUAUCCCAGUACAUUACCCAAAACAGUGUUGCAUCAGAAAAACCUGCUGCAGAUUACUUGCCAAAUCUGUGGGUGGGAAGUGAUGGCAAAGAAGAAACUGAAGAAUGCACAAAGACAUGGGAAGACUCUGGACUCGACACUCUAUGUAGAAACUUGCACAUGGAACAGCUGCCUUAGACUUCUAGGGUUGCCUGCUGGGAUUUUUGUUAGAGACUUGUUCAUAAACUUAUCAUUCUAAAUGAAACAGAAUGCUGUGAGUUUGAUCAUUCUUCUGGAGGAUUAUGUGGUGAUCUGAAUCGUAGUGUGUUUCUAUGUGUGUGCACAUGGCUUUUAUUUUUUAGAUAAUUUUUUGCCUCUUUCUUGCAAGUCUUGAAAGAAAAUUUAAGAAUAUAUAAAAGCUUUGAUAUUUUUCUAGUAACAAAAGCUCUAAUUCUGUGAAUAAAGCAAUGGUCUGAAACUUUGACUGUAAUGAAAUACUGGAUCUUAAUGUUACCUUUCAUCACAGGCAGAGAUAGCACUUUUAGAAAUUGUUUAAUUAUUGGAAACAUUCAUUUAAGUCUCAAGUGUAACUGGCAUUAAAUCCUUUUUUGCCUCAACUUGAAUGUACAGUAUACUGUAGAUUUUUAACAAAACAGGUUCUAUAUUUAUUGUGUGAUUUGAAAAUACCUCUUUGAUAUCUCAAUGAUUUAAAGUGCAAAUCUUUAUAUAUGUGUAAAUAGAACAAGUGGUCAUGCUGAGAAACCAUGAAAUGAAACACAUGCAUACAUAAAUAUUAUUUUACAUGGCAUUUUAAAUUGUUUUCUAGUGAUACUCAGUUUACAGAUCCAUUAGGACUUUCAGUGGUUCAGUCAGGAACCAAAGUAUUUCAAAUGUGAACAAUAAAUGUGAAAUUCUAUUCUAAAAAACCCUGGUUCUAUGAUUUGUGUGCAGUAAACUUUUAAGCUACCACAGUUAUAGGGCUAUUUACAAUGUAUACAAAUCUGGUGCUGGUUUUGUGUUUUGUUUGGUUUUUUGUUUUAAUUGACUCCAGAAUGUUAUUUUUUGUGUAGCCUUGGGGAAGUCUCUUGUUUAUAAUGUAAUAAAAAUAGCCAAGUUAGAGGUAAGAUGUUUCAAGGUCUCCUUCACCUUACUCAGUGUGUGUGAUUUUCCUUGCCCAGUACAGAUCCAUCUUCUCCUGUUGGGUUUUUGUGCAUAUGUGAUCAUAUAUAGCUCUGAUCCUUGUGUAAUUGGCCUUUUGGAAGAUGUCUGAGUUUAAACUGCCUUUCUUGGGGUCAGAGGUGUGAAAUUAACUCAAGUUUAGAAUCCUUCACUGAAGGAUAUUGGUGCUAUGCCCAUUCACUUCAGAGCUGGAUGGAGUGUAGUGAUUGGAUUAUCUGGAAAAAUAGCAGUAGGAUCAUACAGGGAGAAGAAA